AGGCGGGUGCGGGAGAUAUUUUGCAUUUUCAUACCGCUACUCCUCCUCUGUGAAUGCGGCGUUCAAUUUUCUCAAUCACCUCAAACCCUGGCUUCACAAAAAAUUCCAUACGUCCACAGUCGCAGUUGAUCACCUUCGUCAUCACCGUGAGCCUUUCCUGGCUCGAAUUCAUUCUAAACACCCUCUUAGGGUUUUAGAAACGCGGAAAAGACAUGGCUUUCUGGGGAGUGGAGGUCAAAUCUGGAAGGCCUUUUAUCCAUAACUAUGAUGAUUCCAAAGGACGCCUCCAUAUUUCAAUGGCUACAUUAGGGUUCGGUAGUGCGACCACAAGAAGCACGCUGCAGUGUAACGUAGGCAAUAGUAGCCCCGUGUAUCUCUGCUCUCUCUAUCCUGGAACCACUGAGUCAUUGCAGUUGAAUUUGGAGCUUGAGGAACUCGAUCAAGUUGUCUUCACCGUCAUCGGAGCUCGCAGCAUUCAUCUCUGCGGUUACUAUCUUGGCAGAACUUCUCGUACGACCAUCUUCCAUGGAGACUCUUCAGAGUCAUACGGGGAGGAUAUUGCUGAUACAGAGAAUGAGAGGUCGGAUUGCAGCGAUGAAGAUGAUUUGGACGAUAGUUUUAUUGAUGAUGAUCCUAAUCCGGAGGUUUUCCCGCCAUCUCCUAUUUCCAAUGGAGAGGAAGCUUCUGAUGAUAACAAACCAGAAGGUAAGAAAAGCAAAUUUGGACGGCUUAGGAAGAAGUAUUAUUCAGUAGAGUCAGAUGACGAUGGUGAUGGGGGUUUUGAGGAAAAAAUAAUUGUAAAUGAUACUAGGGAUGACCAGAUGAAAGAAAGUGAUAACGAAGAUAGCCUGCUGAUUUCAUCUCUUUACAAGGUUAAAGCUCGCCAAAGGAUCUCAGAUGACGAAAUUAAUGCCGGUGAUAGUGGAGCAUUUGAUGCAAGGAACAAGAACUACGAAGAUGAUGGUGAUGGUAAUAUUCAAACGGAUUUGGAAACUGACAAUGUCCUUCAAGAUAGUCAGAGGGAUAGGGAAGCAGCUGUGUUGGACAAAGAGAAAGAUGUUGGGGAUGUUAAAAAAUCAAAAAAGAAAAAGAAGGAAAAGCAAAAAGAAACCAAGAGUUCCCCUAAUGGACAAUCCAUAAAACUAGAUAAGAGUGAGAGAGAUAAGCCAAAAAUUGACAAGAUGACCCAGGAUAUUCUUGCAGGACAAGAACAAAACAAGGACGGCGCUGAUGAUGACAAGCAAACUGAAACUGUGGAUAAGAUGCUGUCCCUUUCUGAAGAUAGCCCGCUGAUUUCACCUGUUCACAAGAUUAAAUCACGUCGAAAGAUCUUUGACGAAGAAAACCACAUAACUGGUGAUAAUGAAGCAUUUAAUGCAAGUAACAAGAAUGUUAAAGAUGGUGGCGAUAGUAUUGUUCAAACAACUUUUGAAACUAACAAUUUUAUUCAAGAUAGCCAGAUGCAGAGGGAAGCAGCUCUGUCAGACAAAAAGAAAGAUGUUGGGGAUGUUAAAAAAUCAAAAAAGAAAAAGAAGGAAAAGGAAACCACGAGUUCCCCUAAUGGACAUUCUAUAAAUCUAGAUAAAAGUGAGCAAGAUAAGCCAAAAAUUGAGGUGACCUUGGAUAUUCUCGCAGGACAAGAACAAAUCAAGGAUGGUGCUAAUGAUGACAAGCAAACUGAAACUGUGGAUAAAAAUCUGCCCUCCUCUGAGGCUGGUCAUGUACAAGAUGAAAAACCCAAGAAGAAAAGGAAAGAGCGGCAAAAGGAACACAUGAAACAACCUACAGUUAAUGAAGAUGUUGAGACUGUAGCUGCUGUUGCACUGCCUGCAUUUGUAGAGGAUGCUGGAAAAGCUAAAACAAAGAGGAGAAAGAAAGAACAAAUAAACAAAGGUUUACAUCUUGAAGGUGAAAGGAGUGUGGAGGAUGGUGCUCAUGACUUUUCCAAUGGAAAUCAAAAUGAGGAAAAGGUUAAGAAAGGAAAGAGUAGAAGUAAAAGUAAAAGUAAAGGGAACAUUGAGGCAUAGGAGAAAGUACUGCGGAAUUUGUGGGUGGCUUAUGACAUUGAACUCGUUCAAAUUCAUUGACCAACUGAUUAUGGCUUGUAAGUUUUGCAUCAAGUCGGAGAAAAUUUUGAUGAAAUUAGGUUGUCAAAUUUUGAUACAGCAGUUCCCUUUUGAUUGGGUACUGAUUUUUUGGCUCUAGGUUCUGAGAUUCUUAUCCAAGCUAUUAGGCUUACAUCAAUUACCAUACUUUGCUUCAUUUGAAGCUCGUUUUAUAGUUCAAAUGUGAAACCAUAUAAAGGAAUUGUUCGAAGAGA